AUGCGUUUCUGCUGCUUGCACGGCUCUGGAAGUAAUUCCCGGCUUCUCCAGCAGCAAAUUGCGGCCGUUAGAUACGAACUAGGAGACCGACACACCUAUGACUUCGUGGAAGGUUGCGUACCAUCGCUCAAGGACAAUAUGUCCCCUGACGAAAAGGCGUUUUCUUAUGUUGAUCCCGUAGAUGCCGAGUCAUGGAUACAAGCCGUUGAAGGUCUGGAUCAAUACGUGACCAACGAAGGACCCUUUGACGGGGUCAUUGGCUUUAGUGCCGGCGCUAGCCUUGCUAUUCUGUGGCUACUCUGGCGCCAGCAGAAGCAAGAUAUCCCCGUCAAAAUGGGAGUCUUCUUCUCUAAUGCCCACGGCCCCGACCACCUUAAGGAACUCGGUGUCUCACUUAGUAGUGAGGAUCUGAAUCUGCCAACGGCACAUAUCUGGGGCAGCUGUGAUGAUGGCCAGGGACAGUUUACCGCAAAGUGUGGCUGGGGAGCCUGUAAGGCCGACAGAAGAUCUGUGUACAUCCAUGGUAAGGGACACGAAAUUCCUACUGCACCGGACGAUACUAUUGGGAUGGUGAAGGCCAUUGAUCGGGCGAUUCUGCGUGCUGGAUUUGUUUGA